CAUUGUUUACGACUUUACGGCAUGGUUGUCGUGCAAAUGUCACGGAAACGAUGGACGAUGAAGACGAGGAGGUGAUAUUUGAGGGCCAUCCUCUGGACCAAUACCUGAAAGAUAUAGGAUUCAGAGAUUAUGAAAGUGAAACCCCAAACAUUCAGAAGAGAUGUGAGAAAGUAGCUGAGAAAUGUAGCAUUUCUACAAGGAUAUUGUCCCUGUGGCAUAAAAUUGAUGUGAGGAAGUAUAUUACUUCAAACUGGUGGGGAAUAAACAGACUGGAUUUUACCACAAUUCAUGAAGUCAUAGACAUCAUCACACAAAGCAGACUACUCUCUGAGGAAGAUUUUAAUUUAAUUUCCAGUUUGGACAUUGAUAAAGAACAUCAGCGUACACUAAGUUGGCAUGUGCUGCCUUUAGGUGGGCUUGUAGGUGCAGUUACAUGGACACUGAAGAGCCCACUGCUUAUAAUAGGCAUCCCUACACUACUACUGUAUGCUGCAGUGCGCUUGGCAGGCGAACGGUAUCACAGACGCUGCUUGCGGUCAGUGGCGGCUCUUGUUGGAGCAUUGCAGGAACUGCAGACCACUUCCAAGAAGGCACUCAGACGUUUGCAGGAGAAUGAGCUGAUUGCACGAGGUUUCAUGUUCUCUGUAACAGGUAGUUCUGUUGAACGACUAGAAAAUUCAUCUCUACCAAGCCUGACACGACGAUGGCACACACUACCUGGUCUUCGUGAAGGUCUGUUGUCUGCCUUAACUGCAGCUGUGCAGAGCCUUACUGAAGCGACACGAGUUCUUGUAGAGCAAUACCCUUUGAGAGGGCAGCUGGACAGGCAGCAGUUCUACCUAGCAUUUCAAGAGGCCGAUUUUCUCAACACCAUUGGUGCUACCUGUGAAGAAGACGGCAGCAUCUCACAAGAGGUCAAAAUUGAUGUGCUAAAGAUGGUGGUUGCCAUCCUGGCAUUCUUAGCAUCAGUGAGGCACACCUAUUAUGAGCAGGUUCUGCAGAAUUGCUAUCUUUUACUGCAGUCAGAAUUCCUUCGCCGCCUCGUUCUUACUUUCCAUCCUGAAUUGAGAGCUGAACCAUCACGUGUCAACCCAAAGAUUCUGUAUGAGCUCUUAGAAGACAUAUCAACACUUACCAAACAACUCAAUACAGAAUAUCGAAUUUUCAGCACAUAUGGUGUGCCCAGAAGAUCACCAAGUAGUGAACCAACUGCCAGUACUCCACCAAAAAAGCUAAAAUAUGAUGCUUUAUUUGUUUCGGUUCACAGCACCACAUUACAUCUACAAAACAUUCUGUAUCGAACUCAUGUUGUUGAAGAAUAUCUGGAAACUAGGGAAAAUCUUGAUGACUUAAACAGUGAAUUGUCAACACCAGAUUUGCAGACUGCAUUGAAUGAUAUCCUGAAAGAGCUCGAUAUGUGCAGGAGUUGUUGUGAGCGAGGAAUAUCAUUUCUGAACACUUUAAACAAUCCAGAACUGCCAAAAAAUUUGGAAGAAGAGGAGGAUUGGCCUGCUAGAAGCCACAGUGGGAAUGAAAAUAUUAAACAAAUACAUGUUGGAAAAACAGACCUAGAUCCUGAUGUAGAAGAUGAAGUGUUUGAAGCCGUAAGCACUGCAGACUAUUUUGAUGAUGAAAUUGACUUAUAUGACAGUACUGAAUGUAGCAGAACUGAAAAACAACAACAGAAGAAUUGCUCAAAACUGAUGUUAGAUGAACUAAAAAGUAUCCUUGUUGACAAAGCAAAAGAGUGGAAAGAACGAGAGGAAAAGGCUCUCAAAAAUAAAAGAGCUAGAGAGGGCAUAUGUGAAGCAGAAAUUGUUGUUAAAGAGACUGAGUUAGCAGAUACAGUGGCUUUAAAGACUGAAAUUUCUGAUAGUCAGAGCAGACCAGUGGAAGAGGCUGAGUUAGCAGAUACAAUGGCUUUAAAAACUGAAACUUCUGUUGACCAGAGCAGGCCAGUUGAAGAAGGGGUCAAGGAUGUGUGUGUGUCUGACCCUGAAUUUGAAGAAUGUCAGCAAGCUAACAGUGGAGUUUGUUAUGAAGACAAUUCUUCAUUCACAAGUGAAGGGGCCGACAGGGAUCUUAAUCAUAGAAAAAUAGUAGGUUCAGAAAACGGAAAAACUGACAGUAACAUUAAAUACUCAGAAAAUUAUAAUGUGCAUGAGAUUGGUGUGUUUAAGGUUGGACUUUCUUCUCCAUUUGGGUUGCAGUCAACACCUUUAUCACAUAGAUUCAUGUUGAAAGAUUCGGAAACCUUUUGUGGGACUGGGGAACACUCCAGCAGUGAAGAUAGUGAUAAUGCCUAGGUUGUUACUUUUACAAAUGAAGGUGAACAUAUGUUACUACACUGCACAACUUGGAUUUUGACAAUAUGAUGGCUCAGGAGUACAGUAAAAAUUCAUAUGCUCAGUUUUGAAUGGUUGCCAUGAUAAAUACUUUUAAAUCGUUAUCACAAUGAAAUGGUUUUAUUGUGGUAUUUUUUUUAAUGUCUUAGCGGCUGUUAUUUGUUUGUCAGGUUGCAAAUUUACAACAGCUUAUAAUACAUUUCCAACAGUUCACAAUAAUGUUUUGGCAGUCCAAAAUAAAUUUGCAACUGAUCACAUACUCUCAGGGGUGUGUGUUGUGUGUUGGUCUCAGUAAAUCUCGGUGUUCUUUUAUGGUUCCUUCUUAUCAGUGCACCUCUUUGUUCCUUUUUGUUGACAGCAGGUUUUAUGAAGCAGCUUAACUGUUCACAUCAUGUAUAGUUUGUUCCUGACAUCCUAAUGGAGUCUUUAGGUGUGUGUGACAAGUGGAGAAAACAAGUUGGUGGCCAGAUUGAGGUACUUUUGUGACAAGUCCACCAAUUAAAAAAGAAGUAUGUUUACUGUGUGUCACGUGUGGUAGAAUGUGGAGAGGUUCCCUCAUGCUGAAAGUAUGUUGUGGCAAUCAUAUUCUGUAAUAUGUUCUCACAAUUUACUUUUAUUUGUACUAUGUUGGUUGUCAUGCAGCUAUCAGUUAUUAUUAUCCUGUAAAUGAGACUUCAUCAGACAGAAGCACAGCAUGACUGGUAUUUCACCAAUGGGAAAGUUCCUGCUGCUCAGCACUGUCUUCAGUGAGGUGUUGCAUGUGCUGUAGGUGAAAUAUGUACAAGUUUUCUUCAUGUAAUGGUCCCCAUGAAACUGAUAUUAGAACAUUGUGACAUGCAGAAACUUGUCACAUGCCAAUUAUAUGACUACAAUAAAUUAUAUUAAUGAUGUAUUGCAGUUUCUAAAGAUUUUGUUGAACGACUUAUUCAGGUGAAAUAUGGAAAUCCAGAUUUCAAAUUGUCAAAAACAGCUGUUUAUAUUUUUCUAUAAUAUCUUGAUCACAUCCAGCAGAGAAACCAGAAAUAAACAUUGAGUAAGUUUUAUUGAAAACAUGUAGAAUUUUUAGUGGCUGUCUGUACAGUAUCACAAUCGAUUAUAAAUUAUUUGGUCUGGCUUAA